GAGCCUCAGCUGGACAGCACACAGCACUGCAGCAGUGAAGGAGCUGCUGCUGGUGUCCUUCUCCCGGACCACCAUCCAGAGCGGGCUGACAUGCUGCAUCUCGGGCAGGAGCACCUGAUAAGGGAUCAGAAAGGUGCAAAUGGGCCCCUCUGUGCAGCCAAUGGGGUUGUGUGGAUAAAGCUUCCUGAGGUGAUUGGUGGCUGGAAGGCCAACAGGACAGUGAAGAGGUUAAAAAGCUCCACUGUGGCACCAGGAGGGCAGACGCUGGCAGAGAUGGCAGGCAUGAUGACAGGUCUUCUCCUUUUGCUGUUGGCCGGUGUGACAGUGGGCAGAGUGCUGGAUCUGCAGAAGAGAAUAUACGGAGGUGACAUAUGUGCUAAUGAUGACCGUCAGUACCAUGUGAAGCUGAAAUCAACUUAUGGGAUUAAUAACGUCAAGUGUGGUGGAUCUCUGAUCCAUAAGUUUUGGAUUCUGACUGCAGAUCACUGUGUGCCAGAAGGGAUGACAAGCGUGACAGCAUAUCUAGGUGUGCAUCAAGAUGGCCAAAACAACCCAUUUGAGAUCAAGGAUAUUAAAAGAUAUAAAGACGAGAACGGAGAGCCCCAUGACAUCGCGCUGCUGCUGUUACGUGAGCCUGCGAUGGGUUAUAAAUGUGUAGAUCUUCCUCAAUGUCACACACCUCUUACAAGCGAACACGUUCAGAUUGCAGGUCAUGGAGCCACUACGCUGAACAAGGAUGGUACAAGAGGGACCGAUAGCCCAAUCAAACUCCGUUGUGCAAACACACAGGUUGCUGCCUGUCGACACACAUUUCAAAAGCCAGUCUAUACAUCUACAUAUGACACCUUGAUCUGUUUCACAGAGACUGACGUUGAUAUAAGUCUUGCGGACUCGGGUGGAGGACUGGUGUUCGACAAGAAGAUUUACGGUGUCAUUUCUUUCCUGGUUGGUGAAAAGCCCUUUGAGAGCCCAGCUGGAGCUAUCAAAGUCUGUACAUACAUAGACUGGAUCAAAAAAAUAAUUGUCUAACAUGUGUUUAAACUUAUAUGUCCUGUUGUUUGACAGGCUAAAAUGAAGAAGAAAAAUGUUGAUUGACUCUAAAUUUGCAGGUGAUAUAUUUACUACUGGUUGGUUUACAUUAAAAUAUGAACUAUUAAUAGUAACGUCCUUUAUGACAAACAAACAAUUGUGAUUCAUGACUGUUAUUUCACAAUGUAGUGUCUGAGAUAUAAAUGCAAGUUUACACAUUGUUGAUUUCAAACUAUUGUUAUGAUCUUUUUUUAUUUAAAAUUUGGAACUCAAUUGUAAAAAUCAAAACAAAGAACCAAAUAUAAAAGUCUGUUUCUUGUGAGCACGCUGAUCUCGUUCUCUGCUGGCAGCUCAAUCUGAAGUAAUGCAUUUAAUUCUUGUUUCCCUCAAAAUCAACUUCUUGUUUAAUGUUGUCAUUUAAAAUAAAAGAGUCUAAAUCAAUA